GUCAAUCGAUGCUGGUUGCUUAUAUUGUACCUUCAGUCAUUCCAGAUUAUGGCAUACUCAUGCUGAUUGUAUGAAAUUCCCAAUGUAAUAUGAUUGUCAGUGGUGAGGCAAUGAAGGACAAGAAUAAUCUUGAUGAAGCUUCCUCGCUAUGCAAGGUGGAAGACGUACAAAGUAUUGAACAGUCCAACUAUGAUUCAAGCAAUCAUGAGAGUAUCAAUUGUACAUCUCCUCCUGUUGCUGAACAUAAGUUUGCUCAGGACAAUGAAGCUGAAGUCAAUCUUUAUGAUGACAUGGAUCCUAAGAAUAGUGUUUCAAGUAAUGGGCAGAUCCAACAGCGCUUUGCUGACCCUUCUGAUAGACAUGAACUCUCUGAAAGUUUUGAUUGUGAACAACUUAUUCCUCAUGGAGGCAAUUCAAAGCAACUGCACGUCCAAACUCCUCUGCCAGUUAUUUCUGAGGCAUUCAGUCAAUUAGUAUCUGAUACAUUGGAAGAUGCAGAAGUUGAAGUUGAAAACAACUUGAUGCCCAUUGAUAGUUCUGCCAAUUAUGACACCCAACUAUCUUAUCACCCAUCUGCAGCUGAAUUGCCAAAGGAUUCAAAUGGAUCUACAUGUAAUGGUAAUAAAGAGUUGCCUAUUUCUCUACAAUUCAAUCAAGAGGAAAUUAGUUUCAGUGCUACUCCAAUGGACUCUCAUGAUGUCAAUGGUUCUCCUAAUAUGCAUUCAAGCUGUGAAGCUUCAAGUCAUGUGGAAGAGGAGGUUAAUGAUGAGUCAGAUGGAUCUGCUGAAUUUAAUGAUGAAGAUCGUGAAGCUGCUGAGGCAGAGCACCGAAAAAAGGCUGCAGUGUUGAGUCACAAAAAAGAUCAGUCAGGUGAUAGUUCCAUUAUGUUAGUGGACAGUGAUGAUGAAGGUGAUUGUGAUGAUGACUUAGAAGGAGAGGAAGACUUGGAAGAAGAAGAGCUGCUAGAGGAAGAAGAAGAAGAGGAUGGAGGUGAGCUUGAAGAUUAUGAAGAAGAAGAUCAAAUGGAUGGUCACUAUGGCUCAGAUCACUCCAGCUCUGGCAAGUCUCCAAGUGCUCAGGAAGCAACUUCUCUUGUAGAACACUCAAUAGAAACAGGUCAGUCAAAUGUUCCUGCAAACCAGGUGAGAGCAACUCCAAAUGAAAAAAAUUCAUCUUUAUAUAAUGGUGACACUCAUAAUUUUUUGGGAAGAGACCACAAAUCAAUCAUGAAAAAAGUCAGAUAUAAUCAAGAAAUUAGUUUGAUAAAGCGUAAAAGUCCAGUUAUUGAAUCUGACCAAUGCAAUAAAGAUGACAUGGAAGAUUUGAAUGAUGAAGAAGAAGGUUGGCAAGAACUUGCUGAGUGGAAUCAAAUGAAAAAUGAAGAAAUGAAAAGCAAAGAAGUCAAUAGAGACCUUUAUCCAACUGAAAGCCAUUCCAGGUUUCAUGUGCCUGAUUCCCCUCAGCACCAUAAAAGAAAAUUUAAUGAUAAUGUACCUAACAGUACUGAAGCAAGAAGGGUUUCAAAAAUUUCUGGCUCAGUGAAUAUCAAUAAUGCUGAAGUUUCCUGCAAAUCAUCAGUCAAAGAAGGGUUUCAGUCAGUGCCUGAACCUCCUGUUGAGUCUGCCAAAUCACACAUGACUCAUUCUUCUGCUGUUCAAGACAAGUGCACAACUUCACCAAGUAUGGCUGCUGAAAGAUUAGCAGCUGUAGUGGAUCGUUCUGAAAUCAAUCAACCUCCAAUUAUUGCUCAGCUGAAUGAAACUAAAGGCUACUUUGAGAUUGGUUCCUGCAGAGAUCACCCUGAACUCUCUAUGCAUCUUCUCUCAAUAACAAUAGUAUAUGCCAAGCAACUCAGUAAGAUCAUCCCUGGUUCCCUGCUUCGAUCAUGCAAAGAAGGACCACAUUUCCAAUAUUCAUUACUUGGCUGUCCUGUGCACACUGACCCCAUCACCAACCUGAGUGAAUGCGAGUUCCCGGGUGAGCGUGCUCAAGCCCGAGUAUUGGCUACUACAACCAACCUUGCACAGUAUUUACAGCAACACUGCAUCCUCUCUGUUAUGCUUUGCAUUGGUGAGCUAGAACUGGCUGCAAGUUCAGUGGAUUUGUCUACACUUGUUCCUACUACAGCUGGGGAAAAAACUAAGGUAGAGGGCUCAUAUGAGCUAGUUCCUCUCAAAGGCAACAUUGCUGGGUCUAGUUCUUCAGGUGGUGCUGUGGUGGGUGUGUUGGUGGAGCUAGAAUGCACCACACUACCUAGCGCAUCUGAGAGUAAUGUUAACAGAAGUACAUCUGCAAGUGUUCAUGAUGAAAAUGGAAAAAAGGUAGAACGUGUCCUAAGUCAUCUCAGUGAAGUGUCAAUUGAUUAUGCAGCGCUCAACUCUGGGAAAAAGCGAGCACGAGACAAUAGCGCCAGCAGCAACUACCUCAGCUUUGAAGCAUCGGACAUUAAGGACAACAGCCUUGCUAUGAGUGCAUCAAGGCAACUCAUAAGAGAUCAACUUAAACCUCCAAUGAAGAAGCGAAAACUUACUGAAAAUGGUGGAGAGAAAGAAAUUUAUUCUGAAGAACAUCCUGUUGGGGAAAGAUCCGAGUUGGAGGCAGCAGCUAAGGAAGAUAUGCAUCAAUGGACAAAAGCUCAGAAAAAUAUGUAUUAUAAACAGGUGGUGCUGCGUGAUAAGAAGCUGCAAGAGGCCUUAAGCAAAGAGUGGAAGCAGCAUGUGGCAGGUAUGGAGGAGAUGCUGUUCGAGCAGCUGCAGGAGGUUGAGGAGGAGAGAGCAGAGCUCGAGGACCAGUGGCGACGCCUCAGAGAACGUGAAGCUGACGUACGGCGCCGGGAAGAUAAGUUAUUAGAGUUGCAGCAACAUGUCCUUGAGCAACAAGCAUCACUGAGCUCUCAGCUACAACAAGUGUGCAGCAAUAGGAGAAGCUUCGAGCCUCGCACCGCAGACAGAUUGAGGUCCAUCACUUCUGGCAGGGAGGAAGACAGAAAUAGCGGCGGUGGCAGCAGCAGCAGCAAAGAGUUUUACAAGAGACAGUGGCUAAGAGGCAUGGCUAGCACGCACCGCAGAUGGGCCACGGAAUCGGGUAUGUCGUCUUCCUGUGGCGUAAGGAGCACCACCAUUGCCGGGAGCUCUGGCGAAGGCAGUAGCGCACAGGUACUUCCUGAUAGCAGGCGUGAUGGCAACAAUACUUCAGUGCCCUAUAAAUAUGACGCCGACAUUUUCGACGAGAUCACCCGCCUCACCAAGGAGCGGCGCCGCUUAUUGUCUUCAGUCUCGCCUGACUCGCCUCAGAUUGCUGAGCUCGACCGAACACUGCAGCGCCUCAUGGACGCAUCGGGCGUGUAAUGCGGCCUUCACUGGUGUUCAAUACUAGCACUUAGUGUAGUGUCUUACUAAAUUAUUUCUUACCUAAUUUCUGUACAUAUUUAAAGAAUACUCUAAUGUCUCCUUCAAAUCGUUCUGCAGGUUGCACAUUUCAUUUCUCUUAUACAUUUUUUUUAUUCUUUUGUGUUGUAUGCUUUUUUUUUAGAGCGAUGAAAGCUCAUGAAUAACACGUUCAACGAAAACUAUAUUUGUUGUCCCUCUGUCUUAUCUCUUCCAGCGACGCAGGUGGAUCAUCAAGAUCGUAACUAUUUCCAAACAAUCGUGCAUUUCAUAUUUGCUGAUCUCUUGAGUUACUACAUUGUUAGUAGACAAAACCGUUAACCGUUUCUAUUUUUUUAUGUGGCUUAUCAGCGGGUAGUCUAAUUUUGGGUAUUUGAUAACAAUAGGAAGCUACUUGUCAUCAAUAACGUAGUGAAAUGAGAGGCUGGUGCUUUUGGUAGCUAGUAAAAUGAACGAUCAUGCCAUGUGACCAAGCUUUGCGGCAUGCGCUGUGAAGAUAAUGAAUGAUGAGCACUGUUACUUAGUGCUCGUUUGAAUGUUAGCAACCUUAACUUUGACGCUUCUGGAGUAGAGCUAUGCGAUUUCGUUGAAAGCCUUUCUCGUAUCAAUCUUAUGUUCUGCAUGAGGGCUACGAAUCGCUCUUUUGAAAGUUGCUUUUUCCACUCUCAAGUUUUUUAUUUUAGUUCAAUGUUUACAUUUGUCAUUGACACAUAGCUUUCAAAUUUACAUUUCUCCUAUGGUGACGAAGUGCAGUUCUCCAACUGUGGUGACGAAGUACGAAUUAAUAAAAGCCUUAAUUUGUAGUUCGUUGACCAUAAGGACAUUCGUGAGUCUGACUGAGGACCAGAACCCGGUUAUACCGAUAAAAUUAAGCGCCAAAUAUUCUAUUUCUUCUCAAUUGUUGUUGCGACCUGGUUCAAGCCUUAAGUCCAGAAUUCGACAGAUCGUUAAAUCGCAACGCGUUAGAUUUAUGGCGCCGUGAAGAAGUGGGAUCAUUCUGUUGUGGACUGCACGUGUAGUCUGUGAUGGUCAAGGGCGCAUUGUAAGAAUUGUGCAGAAGUUUGCUUCCAUUUGUUCUCACGAUGAAAAACAUAAUAAUGUAGCAGAAAUGAACACUCGAAUAUUAAAUAUGCAAGUGCUGAAGAAUUUUAGCAUAAUAUUCAUAUCUCUUUUCGAGUGCGAAUUUCUUUAUCAGACCCUGUUUCAGUGCUAUAGAAUAAAUCUGUUCAAUCAUUUAUGAUAGUAAAAUUAGUCUUUCGUUAUUCAUGGAUGUUCAAUAAGUAGCUAUGCUGACAAUUUUUUGCUAAGCUACUUCAAGUCCAUUUUUUUGUUGAUCACGGCUGAUGUUCUUGACGAAUGGUUAAGUUAUGCAGUGAUUUACUUUCUCUAAUUAGCAAUUCUCGUUCCGAGUUCAUCAAUGGAGGCAGAUGUCGACCAAUGCAACCGAGUUAAGUUAAAUGCUACAUUUUUCGCACCUGUUCGUUCACAGCCCAAAAAUUGCGUUGGCAUGCAUCUUGCAAAACAAUUUAUUAUACACAUGUGCAAGAUGUCUUUUUCUGCUGUUCACCUGUUGGACUUCUUUACUUAAGUUUGUCUUUUGAGGGAUACAUUCGGUUUCUUUUCCGCUACCCUACUUUGGAAUAGGUACUAAAGUAAUUAUAAUGAAAUUCUUUAAUUAAUAUAGCGUCCGCUUAGUGCAGAGAUUUAUAUUGUGUAGUGAAUCAUGAAGGCCAUUUACAGGGAUGCAUUCUGCCAGUGCACCUCUUAAUACUGUCGCUAGCAAGUUGGCCCAAGUGUUGUAUUAUGCUUCGUAUCAUUACUGCUGUCUUUGAAAUAACUUCUGUGUUGUGUACCGCCCUAUAAACUGUUGUUUACGUAGUAAUGAGAAAAUCUCGUCAAUAACAUCGUAAUUGUAUUCAGUGCAUAUUAGUGUUGUAACAUAACAGGCAACGAUUUUUCUUUCAUUUUCAGCCGUGGGCUGAGUUAAGAAUGGGUUUUGUUGGUGGGCCGAUUAUUAGUUUUAAUAUUUCUGUUGCUAAAGUGCUCUCUUGAUACAACAAGCUAAUGAACAUAAAUGUUGUAGGAUUCCUGUAUUGUCGUAAGGAUAUAUGCUGCGAUUAUUGCGUUUCUGUUCUCGUCGUGCAACGUCAAGAGACCCAAUGAAUAAUGAGUGACUAGAAGUUGCCCGCUAAAUAAGUGAGAAGUGACUACUGUACAAAGUUAUCUGAUUAUAACGAUUACGAUUGAGAAACCAUUAAUGUAUAGCAGACUCUCGAUACGUAGUUUAGACUGAAGUAGUUUAAUGAUGUGCUAGCUCUUGCAACUGCCACCGCUUGUCCCGCAACAGUUCUAAUUUAUAGACUUCACGGCCUAUGGGAUCACGAGAAACGAGGGUAAAAUAGGAAAGGAAUGUAAUUCUGGCAAAGAUGGAUAAAAACUUUCAAAUACAGAGUUCUUGAAUCU